UCUUCCACUUCACCUUGAUCCUAUGAUUAUUCUCUCAUGUUUAGCUUUUUACUUAUGGUGGUUGUGUCUAUCUGUUUUUUUUUUUUUGGAUUUUCGGUUCAUUUACGGGCCUAAAUACUGACCAGAGUGUUCUCCAAGUUCAGUACCUAAUUAGCAGUCGCCCUUUUUGUGGACAGGGCACAUAAUCAAUUCACAUUG